AUGGACGGUCGGGCGACACGAAUCUGCGAUGCGUUAGGAGUUCCUCGAGAAGAAGCAUUCUAUUACCUCGAAGUAUACCGAGGGGAUGUGGACGCAGCCAUAGAGGCUUGCCGGAGCAAAACGUUGCCGCUGCCGCUGCCGCUGCCGUCACCAACGGUUCAAUCUUCGCCGGGAAACGAGAAAUCCGCGUCGGAGGAUCGGAGUUCGAAUCAGUCGCCGGGUCCGCAGGAGGAACAACCGCCUCAAUCGAGACCUGAACUUAUCAAAUGCCGUUCAACGCCUUUUCAAAUGCAGUCUAAUCGGCCGGUUUAUCCUCCGCCGGUUGCGCGAUCGAAUGCGCCGCUGAAGAUUGGGCGGUCGCAUCCGCAGUACACAUCUGCUUUGACGGGAUUGGUGCCGGAGGGGUUGAUGCAGAACAUAGGUCAAUGGAUGGAUUCAUUUCAAUUGACACCAGUCCAAAUCAGUAGCUCUUCUUCUUCUCGUGCGAUGGAGUUUGACCCGCCAGAGUCACUCAACGGAGCUGGUGAAGAUAAUUUCCUUCAAGCUAUAUCUCAAUUGAAGUUUCAAAACACUCAGGAAAGUGGAAACCCCACACAAACCAGUGAAGAAAACCUUUGGCCGCCGAGGGAUGUUUGGGUUGAUCGAAUCUGCAAUGCAGCAUCAGUGUCUCGAGAGGAAGCACUCUUUUACCUUGAGGGAUUCAAUUGGAAUUUUGAUACGGCGAUGGAGGCUUGCCGCACAAAAACCUUGCCGCCUGUCAAUGAAACUGCUGAGGAGACGGCGAAACUGGAGCUGCCUGAGGAAUUCGCGGAAAGCGUUAUGGUUCUAACUUGCGAGUCCAACGACGAAGGUGGAUCUUGCGAUGUAUAUUUGAUUGGCACUGCUCAUGUUUCACAGGAAUCUUGCCGACAAGUUGAAGCUAUUGUCAGCUUCAUGAAACCACAGGUCGUUUUCGUGGAGCUUUGUCCACGUCGAUUGUCUGUUCUCACACCUCAGGCUUUGAAGGUUCCGACCAUGUCGGAAAUGAUAGACAUGUGGAAGGAGAAUCACAACACAUUCGGAAUAGCUUACGAAUGGUUUCUUGCAAAGAUCGCCAGCAAGCUUGACGUUUUACCUGGUGCUGAGUUUCGUGUGGCAUAUGAGGAGGCAAACAAAUAUGGUGGCAAGGUGAUUCUAGGUGACCGUCCAGUACAGAUCACGUUAACGAGAACAUGGGCUAAAAUGCCUCUAUGGCACAAAGUAAAGUUUUUGUGCAGCUUAGUGUCUCAAGCUGUCUUUCUCCUGAGCCCUGAGAAACUUGAGAAGAUGCUGAAAGAUAUGAACGAUGUGGAUACGCUAACAUUGGUGAUUCAAGAAAUAAGCAAGGAAUUUCCAUCUCUCAUGGAGACACUUGUGCAUGAGCGAGAUAAGUACAUGGCAUCUAUGUUGUUAAGAGUUGCAAGUGAGCAUAGCUCGGUGGUAGCAGUUGUUGGUAGAGGGCAUCUUCAAGGGAUCAAGAAGAACUGGAACCAACCUAUUAAUAUGAAUGAUCUGUUGGAGUUGCCGACGAAAGAAUCCAUUUUUAGUGUAAAGAAAAUUCUGAAAUCUCUGGCGAUUGUAGUUGCCGGGGCAGCCAUAGCUUCCCGCAUAUAUCUUGCAACCAGAAGUUAA